AUGGCUCACGCUCCCAAACCAUCGCAAUCGUUGGAGACUACUUCUCCACCGAAACCUUCUCCUCCAAAAGCAGAAGCAACCUCCCCUGCAACAGAAGAAGCAGUCUCUUCGCCGAGAGCAGAACAAGCGACGGCAGACGCAGCGUCCCCAAAGUCUUGGAACCUUCCUUCCAGGUCAAAGACCGCCUCACCUACUGUGCCAGGCUCUCCCCCUGGAGAGCACACGGCCCACGAUGAGGCUAGUGAUACCGUGACUCAGGAAACUCAGAUUGAGGUCGAUCAACAGGCCAACGAAGACACUCCGAUUCCAGAUGACCAAUUAUCUGUCUCCGCGUAUACGAAAUCGCUGAGCUCUAGCGUGGUCGACUACCCUACCAAACAUGGUCGCCGCUACCACGCCUUUCGCCACGGCGCAUACUAUGGUCCCAACGACGAGGCUGAGUUCGACCGUCUUGACUUUCUGUCUGAUUUCCUUAUCAAAGUUAUGGAGGGGAAGCUUUAUCACGCUCCAAUUGACUCCAAUCGGGUCCAUCGAAUCCUGGAUAUCGGUACCGGAACCGGAAUUUGGGCCGUUCAGAUUGCCGAUGAGUUUCCCAAUGCCGAGGUGAUUGGGAACGAUCUGAGCCCCGUUCAGAUGGAAUGGGUUCCGCCUAACGCUAAGUUCGAAGUUGAUGACGUCGAGAGCCCUUGGAUUGGGCCAAAAUAUGACUUCAUUUUCAGCCGUACUAUGGCGGGAGCAAUUGCAGACUGGCCUCAACUGGCGAAGAACGUCUUCGAAAACACCAAUCCAGGGGGUUGGGCUGAAUUCCAAGACUGGGACAUUGUCUAUUAUUGCGACGACGGCACUCUCACUGAAGAUACCUACACUAUGAAAAUGGACAGAAUGUUUCUUGAGGCUUGUCAUAUGAUCGGCCGGGACCCAUGUCCUGGCCCUCAACUUGAGGGCUGGGUGAAAGACGCUGGAUUCGUCAACGUUCGCCAUAAGAUGUUCAAGAUUCCGAUAGGCACGUGGCCAAAGCAUGCGCGCCUGAAAGAUCUAGGGCAUAUGAAUGUAAUCCAGAUCAUGGACGGGCUCGAAGCUUAUAACAUGAGGCUCUUUACCUCAGUCCUUGGGUGGACUCAAAUAGAGGCCCAGGUGCUCUUCGCCGAAGUGCGCAAAGAGAUGAAGUCUAACCGCUACCACGGCUAUACGCAGUUCCAUGUGGCUUACGGCCAAGUCCCCGAAGCCGAGGCAGAGUAA